CAAGGACUGCUAUUGUUGCUUUGUUGGCCGCGAAGCGCUGCGUCACUCCUUUGUUUUGACAAUAGCGCUGCCGGCCGGCGACUUUGGGAAGCUGAGUCGAGUCGAGUCGGAGACGGCGGCGGCCGGCGCAUUUUUCCUCGUAAAGCGCGACGGUCGCUCGGCUGUCGCUUUGAGAGGGUUCGGUGGCUGGCGACGCCGCCGCGACGCGCCUGCGACCCCCGAGGACGCCCGGGAGAAGCUUCGGGGUUCAAUGGAACUCACGGACGAACAUCUUCCCUCCUACGAGGCUUUUUCUUCAGUUCGACGCGAGCAAGUCGACGAAGGGCGCGAGCAAGCUGCGGCGGGACCUCAUCAACGCGGAGAUCGCCAACCUGCGGGACCUGCUGCCGCUGCCGCCCUCCACGCGCCAGCGCCUGUCGCAGCUGCAGCUGAUGGCGCUCGUGUGCGUGUACGUGCGCAAGGCCAACUACUUCCAGCAAGUGUUCAAGAGGCAUGACGCGGGAUUGCAUCAUAUGCCGACACCCAAUAUCGGUUUCUCCAAGGCGUUGAGCGGCUUCCUAAUGAUGAUGACGCAGAACGGGAAACUCCUCUACAUCUCCGACAACGCCGCAGAGUACUUGGGCCACUCCAUGGAGGACCUGCUGAUCCACGGGGACUCGGUGUACGACAUCAUCGACAAGCAGGACCACCAGGCCAUCCAGGCGGAGCUGGUGCGCGCGCCCCCGGCCGGCGCCGCCGACGACGACCGCCUCUUCCUCUGCCGCAUGAACGUCUCCCGCAACGCGCGCCGCCAGAUGCGCUUCGGCGACCAGAAGGUGGUGCUGGUGCAGGGCCACUUCCUGUCGUUCCUGCCGCUGUGCUCGCGCAACGAGCCCGUCUUCCUGGCCACGUGUACGCCCGUUGCCAUGCCCGAGACGCGCGAGUGCGUGGUGCAGGGCGCCACCAACGUCUUCACCUCCAUCCACUCCAUGGACAUGAAGUUCAUGCACAUCGACAAGAACGGCGAAUUCCACCUGGGAUUCCCGCGCGCCGAGCUGCAGGGCGUGUCGUGGUACCAACUGCUGCACUGGGACUGCAUGCGGGAGGCACAGAGCAAACACCGACUCAUCACGCAGUCGGAGCAGGACCGCUCGUGCAUCCUGCUGCUGCGGCUGCAGCGCCGCACGGGCGACUGGCUGUGGGUGCACUGCGUCCUGCAAGUGAAGGACAACAUGGAGAAUAGUCAGCAGCCGGUCAUCGUCUGCACCAACCAAGUCCUCAGUUCACGUCGCAGAAGUGGGCAUUACAGAUCCAGUUUGCUUUGUAUGUCGUUGCGAAUUAUUGAUGCAUCCAAGUGCCCCUUCCGUGAACUCAAACGAGCUCGAGCCUGA